CGCAGCAGCCUCCAGCAUCUCGCUUCACAAAGAGAGCAUUCGCCGUUCCCCUGGUGGCAGAGCAGAUAUGGCACACAUGGAUACGUCAUCUUUGGGACCUGAAGAGAAUGGAGACAAUUCUGAGGGAGCUUCUGAGACCUCCUUCAUACUGCCAAAGAAACCCUCUCUAACGCCAGCACAGGAGCAGAAGUUGCUGGAGAAAGUAGAAGCCAUUGACCCGAGAGUUCCACUUUACGUCGUGAUCCUGGACAGGACCAAUGCUUGUCGCGGCUUACUAACAUUUGGCACCAACUACGCGUCAAGGUAUCUCAACAAGAAUCCUGCUGCCGGAAAGAAGAGCGUGAUCAGUUUGGUGCUUCAGCUGGAGGGGGAGAGCAGGACAUGGGACACGGAGCUGCAGCGCAAGACUGAUCACACGGCGAUUGUUGAAGGAUGGGCGUCUUUCGCCGGUGGCAACCGCCUGCAGGAGGGCGACAUCUGCCUCUUCAAGCUGAUGGAGAGCGAGGAGCCGCUGAAGAUGAUGGUCUACAUCAUUCGUGCUGAGGAGUGUACUUGAGGCAUGGAUGCGCUCUUGCUACUCUGAUUAUCAAGAAUCUGGGAACGGAAAACAAUGUGGCAUCUCCAAACGGGGUCAGAGAGGAAGGAACUUGUUUGUUUUUCUACCGUCGUAGUAGUUAUGUGCGGUCUUUGUUAUCUAGACUCUAUAGUAACUUUGAAUGGUCAAGUUUGAACAACUUAUUAUGUUUUGCUGAGGUGUGAGGCCAUAUGUUUUUCCA